AUGAUUCCGGAAGGCAUCGCAGCAGCGCAAAGCGGGCCGACGUCUCUCCCGCAGCUUCAGCUCCUUCGCGCGCUGGCUGCGGCGCAGAUCGCCAACGCCGCCGUCAGCGCGGCGCCGCAGGCUUCUCUUUCGAGCCGCGGAUCGAAGCGCAGCGCUAAGGACGAUAGCAAGCCGCUGCGCCCGCGCAAGCGCGGCCGGCCUUCAUACAAGGAUCGCGCCGCCGCGGCUCUUGCGGCGGAGGAAGCGGCGAAGGCGGCGAAAGCGGCCGCGUUGGUGGAGCGCGAUAUGGUUCUCCGCCAAAUCGCCGCGCAAAUGGCGCCGCAAAUGUCGCCGCAAGGAGCGUUGAUGCUUCUGCAGCAGCAGAUGGCGUUGCAACAAAUAGGAAUGCUGGGAGCCAACCAGAUCGGUGGAUUUCCCGCCGGAUUGUGCGCUGCGCCGCCUGCGCUCGCUCAUGUGCGCGCUGGAAACAACGGCGUGACCGCCACCGGGGCCAUGGAUGCUGUUCGACAAGCUAUGCCGGCGGCUGCCGACAAGAUUGCGGAUCGUGUGGCUUCCGGAGCCGUCAGCCGUCACUGCACGUCGGACGUUGAUUUCGCGGGGCUGGACGGUUCCGCGUGGGACCAAUCACGGCUGUUUGCCGUGACGGCGAAAGAGACCCAACGGCAGCGCACGGAGGAUGCCGAUACGCAUCAAAACACGGACGGCCAUUCGGGUGACGAAAACGAGAGCGACUUUAACGGAGAUGCCUCGAGCUGGCCUCGGCGCGGUGGGAAGCAAACGAAGAGUGCCGUGAAUUUGACGCACGAAUCUUCGCCGAAGCCUCUGGUCCGGGCGGGGGGAUCUUCCGUCACAGAAGACGGUACCCAAGCCGUCGCGGCCGCCGCGCAAGCUGCGACCAAUCACGCUGCGCCAAGUGGCAUCUUCUUGGCGCCGCCGCCGUCCAAGAGCGCCGCUGGCCCUGGAGCCAUGCCGGCUCUUGAUUGGAUGUUCUCUAAGGACACGCGCUUCGUGCAACCCGCUCCUAAGGAGGACCUGGAGGAGCAUGCAGAUGAGCAUGCAAGGAAAUCCAGGAUGGGGGAGGCCAAGGAAGGUGCUUCCGUGCCUGCUCAUUUGGUUCCCACCUCCGAAGUUAAGGAGGAGCUCAAAGCUCAAGAUCAGCUGGACCUGUCACUUCAUUUGUAA